AUCGGCGAGCGGGCACGAUGCCGCGAAGUCAAUCUCGGGUGUUUGAGGAUGGGGGGGAGGACGAGAAUCUGAAGGCGCAGAAGAAGUGCUGCGUGUACAAGUACAUCCGCGUGGGACAGAAUCUCGGCGAGAGAUUCCGCGGCAAUCACAUGUUGAAGUGCGUUUUCUGCGGCCACGAGUUCCAGGGCAACCAGUCGGUGGCAGCGCGCCAUUUCCGCCAGGGCAAGGGAUGUCCGGAAGUGACAGAUGAGGCACUUGUCGACAUCCACUAUAACAGUGAGUACAAGAUGUCCGAGAAGUUCCUAGAGCGGAUACAGCGAUUUGAGGAGCUUCACGGCGCGGCGGCUGCGGUAGAUCCGCAACGGGACGAGGGGUGGGAGGGAGAGAUGAGGGACGCGGGGGAGCAGAUCAAUGUGGACGACGACGACGAGAAGGUUGCACGGGCGGGGUCGUCAAGGAGGGAGCGAGGGAAGGGCGUUGUCAGCGAGCCAGGGGGGCAGCAGGGCCAGUACUUUGCGUCGGCGCACGUGUCGGUUCGUGCAUGGGCAGGUGCGGAUACGCCUGAGGCAAGUGCGUCUGCGGGGAAGAGGAAGGAGAGAGAGGAGGGGGACAGACCGACGGCAGCAGCCGCAGCACAGAAGAGGAUGAGACAGAACACGAUCACGGAGUCGUUCACUUCAAAGUGGCAGAUGGAGUUCAAGAAGAAGUGGCUGCGGUUUGUGUACAGUCAGCGCCUGGCGUUCAACGUCUUCCGGAGCGAGCCAUGGUUGGACGUCGUCCGACACUUCAGGGACUUGCCGGGGCCAGUGAAGGUGUUGUGGCCUUCAGAGAAUGAGAUCGCGGACAUAGAGACCACUGUCCACACGGCGGAUGAUGUGGGAGCUGAUCUCGCGGAGCGGGAGGCAGCUUCGGCAGAGGUUUCGAGUACGGGAGUGGAUGUCCAGCAGGGAACGCACGAGAGCGGGUUGGCACCGACAGAGGAGCCACGUUCGGAGUCGGCGCAGCAUCCUGCCGUGGAGCGGAGGCCAGAGGAGACAUUGAAGGAGGUCGCGGGCGUGCCUCGGCCUGCGGGUUCAGUCGAGGGUGCCGUGCAUAUGUCCCCGGGUCUGGAGGACAUACCGACGGGGCAGUCAGUGGGCGUUGAUGAUAUUCGCCCAUCGGCACAGGCGGAGGGGAUAGCGCCGACCACCGGGGGGGACGGGGCCGUAGCGGGGACCGUUGGUGCUGGCGGGUCGGGGGUGCCGUCCGCGGCCGAUCCGAUGUCCACGUCUGGCGGGGGAGACCCCGCACAGGUGGACAGGCGUGACGCGGACGGACAGGAGAUGCCACAGACUUUGGUGGUUCGCACUGAUGUAGGGCCAGUGGUGCCACAUCAGACACCGUUUUUGGAGGGUUUUAGGCGUCCUGCACAUGGCGGUGGCCCGGUCGAGGAGCGACGUGUAAGCAGGGGCGCGUGCAUACCCCCGGUCCCUACUUUUGCGCCGUCACGAACGAGGCCGGAGAUUAGGCAUGUGGCUACGCCUCGAGGCAGCCUCCCUUUUGGUUUUAUGACCACUGAGGAGUUGGAGGACCACGACAGGAGGGAUUUGACGGAGAUCGACCAGCGCGUUUUGCGGUCAGUCCCAGGGGAGGGGAAGCUGCCUCACGUGCAGGACUUAUCUUGGGGGCCAGCCAGCCCUAGCUUACCUUCUGGGUGUUCCGUCGCAGCGCCAUCUGGCGGGGCUGCAGGGGGCUUACCUUCUGGAGGUUCCGUCGCAGCGGCAUCGGGCGGGGUCGCCGGGGACUUACCUUCUGGAGGUUCGGUCGCAGCGCCAUCUGGAGGCGCUGCAGGCCCUUCGUCACCCUUGAGCGCAGCUCCGAGGGAGGGCGGCAGCCUCACCCCGAGAUAUGCAGCCAUCACACCGAAGGAACUCGCAGUGUUGGUGAGCCACGGGAGGCGUCAGCAAACUGCGAUCAUUGCGCUCAUCCCACUUGUUGACAUCAUCAGUGUCGAACGGAAGAAGGACAAGCCUUUGCCUCCUGCGAUGAAGCCCUGGUGGAGGCGGGUUGUCGUAUCUCUGGCGUGCAUCUGUGAAGUGAGAGUUGCCCCGGAGCCACAGGAUGCAGAGGAAUAUAUGGCCACCCAUUUGAUCGUGGAUUGUGCCUCAGGAGAGGCACUUCAUUUGUUUGUCUUUCCAGAUUCGCGGCUCCAUUUUGAGUUGCAGUGUGCCUGCUACAACAUCAUGGUGGAUCAGGCUCUCAAGGGUGAGGGUCUUCGUCGACAUCGGAGCACAAAGCGCGAUUUGUACGACGAAGCAGCCAUGAAAGCAGUGUUUGCAGAACUGAAGUCCGACCUUCUUGUAGCGCACUCGCUGCAAGAGAAGAUGCAUCUGUUUGAAGAACUUGGGGUUGCUGGUGAGAUGAUGUUGCCGGUGAAACGACUGUUCUUUCAGUCGGGAGUUCUAACAUGCCUGUUGGAUGAGCUGCGGCUAACAAAGCUCAAACAGAAAGUGAUGUAUGAGCUUCACAGGGCUGAUGUGGGCUCGUCGGCACUCAAAAGGAAUACCCUGAUUAGGGGGAGCGUUAACCAAAGGAGCGGGAACAAAAUACGCGAUAAGGAGAACAUGAAGGUGGGGGAUAUAAAUUUCAAUAGAGGGUCGCAGCAGGGAAUGUCGCAGGCAGGAUCGCAGGCCAGUUAUGGGUAUGGCUACGGAUAUGGGUAUGGGUAUGGGUAUUGCUUCCAGCCGAGCACACCGAGCAGUGCUACAAAUUGCUAUGAUAUUAACUCGUAUGGCACGAGCAAUGCCACACCGAAUGCCUCCGCUGCUUCGAGGCAGGCGACCAGGCACAGGCCUGGAGACGGGAGUGAGAGGCGUGUCUUCACAGCACGGAACGCGUGGAUGGCCAUCGGACCGGGUGAGUCGGACUCAGGCACCACAAAUGCUCAGCAGCGGGCAUGCACACGACACGUGCGGCAUGGCACAACGGCGACGACGGCGUUGAAAACUGUGACGGAGACCUCCUCGCUGAUCACUGCGGCACGGAAACCGGCGUCCUCGUGGCAGUGGGUCACAGCCAUCGACCUUGAAUGCGACAACGAGAACGUCGAGAGCAUGUGGGGAGAUAACCACAGCGUAUGGAGUAUGACGACAACUGGUGAAAGUGAGAGGGAGAGGGACACGGGGGCAGGCCAAGUUAUCAAGGAGAUUCAGAAAGAUGGAGGAUCUAGAAGAGGAGUAGGAGGAGGAGGAGUGUCUACUCUCCGCAGAGAGGAUAUUGUUGCCUGUAGAGGGGGAGGGGAGGAUGAGAGCUGGAACUGUGUUACCGACUCUAGUCGAAGGCGAUCAAGUAGGUUUGGCUGUCAACCAGUCAUGCAAGGGAGCUUCCCAUUUUUCCAAAAUGGGAAUGAUGACUACGUGAGUCGAAUGGGAAGGAGAUUGACGAAUGGCAAGACUGGAUCGACACUGUCAGCAAAAGAGAACGCAGCAGCUGUGGAGGGGUUACAGUACGCAGCUCAGUUGUUGGAGUGCUUGGUCAAAAUGCUGACCGGCAGCGAGCACAUGGAUGAGCGGAUACCACCUCUGCUCCAUCCAUCGAGGCGAUACUCCCUGCUAACAAUGCUAUCGACGCUGUUAGAAGACUUUCCCCCACCGCUGCAUUUAUCUGGCGUUCUCCGACAAAUUGCCAAACGUUCUGUCAAACGAAUUCUUGAUGCCCAGGUGACGAUCCUGUUUCAGCUUCUUUCCGUUUGUGAACAGGCAUCGCUUGUGAGCCCACAAUUCUCAAGGGAUACCUUGCUGUACUACUUGCUGCGAAUACCACACUUCCUAGAGAAAAAGCUUGCAGUCUUCUUAAAACGUUUGGUUGCACUGAUGUGCAGCCAAGGUGCUGGUGCUGCUAGGGUACUGGAGCCAGAUGCAGGGCUGGGCUGUACGGUGCUCAUCUACCACUAUGCCACAAUUCUGACAUGGGUCCUCAAGGCGUCUCAGCCUGCUCGGCAGUUCGUUGCAUUGGCAUGCGCAGAGGACAUUAAGUUUCGGCUUUCGAACCCGGAAACGGUCGGAAGACUAGACGUGCACUUGCGGCUGAACGAAAGGAGCCGAGAGUUGAUCGAGUGCCUUGUCCGGCUAGUGCAAGGCACGUAAAGAGAGGAUUUCUUCUUUUUUUUUUCAGAAUGAAGUGCCUUGCACAAG